AUGGGGGAGGACGGCGGACUCAACGGGGAGGGCCGGCGCGCGGAAGGAGCAGGACGCAUGGCGGUGGGUAGGGUGAAAUGGAGAACAGGCGAGUGCAAUAAGGUGUUGCGGACUGGCGAGGCGCAUAUGCAAAGAUCCCUACGCGCUGAGCUGCACUUGACUAAACUAUUGUCUGAAACUGGCGUAGGGCAAGUUGUCUGCGGCGUGGCUGACGUGGCGGAGGCGAGAGUGAACCGCAAGGAGGCGCUUCAAGCCAUCAAAGCCCUUCGACGCUCGCCGCGUAUUCCGAAAUCACUCGCGGCAUCGCCGGCCCUCGAGAACCUCUUUCGCGCCGCCAUGCAGCUGGGGAGCUCCAGCGGCCCGGUGACGCUGCUCGUGCCUGCGGACAUGGGAUACGUGCAGUCGCGUCUCAACAACCAGGUGUUCACGCUCCAGCAGAUGAACUCCAUUCGCAAGUACCACCUCGUCAGCGGGCUCCUCAAAGUCGCCGACCUCCAGGCCAUGGCACGCGGCAGCACGCUCGCGACCGUGGAGGGCUCCACGAUUAAGAAGAUCACGCCGCCGUCGCUGCCCGUGGUGCUGCUCAAGGGCCGCGACGCGCUGCCGUCCAUGGUGGUGGGAGGCGACGUGUAUGUGGGGGACACGCUUGCAGUGCACAUCGUGUCCACCAUGCUCAUCCCAUCCGAUGUCUAG